UUUGCUGUCCAGUAGCGAUCAGUCGGUGCGCGAGGGUUCAAGCGACGAAGUACGCAGAUUUUCCAUUGGCACUGAAGAAUUAGUAAUAUUUUUUUUCCUAUUUGUGAAUAAAAAGUAAUACAAAAUUUGCAAUUACAUCAAUAGUUUGGCGAAUUCGAAGGCACAGAAACUACAAGUGAAAAAAAAGAAAAAAAUAGUAAGAAAAAAACGUUUCGGUGGUGAAAGACAUUUUUAAGGCCAUAAAAGCAAUUUUUUGAAGGUAAAAGUGUGCAUAAAAACAAAAACAACAUAUUUGAUAUAGAUUUGUGAGAAUACGAUAAGAUAAAAGUCAACUAUAAAAGUAAAAAAAUAUGAAACUGAAAUAAGAAGGCAAUAAAAUAAAUAAAAAUAAAAAUUAUAACAAUAAGCACAAAAACCUUUGAAACGUUAAGUAACUGGAGGCAUUGAGCAAAAGUACUCAAAAACAUACCGUGCACAUGUAUACAUACCAACAUACGUGCAUAUGUGCAAUCAAAAAGAUGAGAUAACGGGCGCACGAUUAGCCCAUUACCUUGGCAAAGUUACCUAAGUGAGCAGCUAACAUUGUUCAAAGUCACUAGGAAUAUACCAAUGUUAUGUAAAACUUGCGAAAACAAUUUGCUAAUUUAAUUGGAAACUCCUCUUGAAAUCGACCAAAGCAUCAUGGCAUCCACAACAACAGAAGAUCCGGAUAUAAAAGUGACUCUGGAGGAUUUGCCAAUAACAUUUAGGGUAAAAUACGUAGGCUGCGAAGUGGCUCGUGGAAUUUGGGGCAUUAAAUAUACCCGACGGCCGGUGGACAUCAUGGUUUCGGCAGCCAAGCGCAAAACACCCAAACAACCCUUAACACAAUGCAACCUCAAAGUAUCAACUGAAGGCAUUACUGUCGACAUAAUAGGCUCACAAUCAAAUCUGAAUAAUUGGUCAUAUCCGAUUGAUACAAUUUCAUAUGGCGUACAAGAUAUAGUCUUCAACCGCGUAUUCGCAAUGAUUGUCGUGAAAGAUGAAGAACAUCCAAAUCCCUUCGAAGUGCACGCUUUCGUGUGCGAUAGUCGUGCAACGGCAAGAAAACUUACAUAUGCGCUGGCGGCUGCAUUUCAAGAGUAUUCGCGGGUUGUAGGUGCGACAGGUAAAACAUCACAGACCGAUAGCAUUACGCCAACACGGCAAAGGUUCGCAAUCGAUUUGCGCUCACCCGAGCAACAAGCAGGCGAUGAGGAGGAAGAGACGGAGGCAUAAGCUGGGUAUGAAUGCUGAAGAUAAUUUAGUGAAUUGAUGUUUACCAAAGGAUAUCGACAGCGGUGUAAUGUGAUUCAAGUGAAAAAUUUGUGUACUUAAGUUAUACCAAUGAGUUCAUACAAAGUAGUUGAUGUUUAAAGCUUUAAGAGAGUAUUUUUUUUUUUUAACGGAUUAAAGCAACCAAAAAUAAUAUAAGCCUCAGUAAGUCGUACGUUGUAGAUAUCGCAGCUUUAUGUGUAUUUAGUAUUUCUGUAAUUAGACACUAGUUUCGAAUUUGUGUAUUUGAAAAAGUCAAAAAAAUGUCUA